CGAAAAGUAUAAAAAGCAGAUGCAGUUUGUUAGUAAUAAUUCACAAAUCAAUAAGCGAAGCCAAUUACCAGCCAUGCAACAAAUUAUGAUUUCCAUCAUGUUCUGCCUUAUCUUGGGAAGCACAGUAGCAGAAGAAGAUGGCAAACAAAAAGACGAUGUUAAAGUCCUGUUAGUCGACGAAAAUGACAAAGUUAUGCAAUCACAAUCAGACGAUGAGAAACGAGAAACCUACUACAGAGAUAGUCACGAAUCCUCAGACGAAGAAUACGUAAUUGAAGAAGAUCCAACCAAAAAAAUCGACGUUGAUAUCAAAAUCAAUGGCGACAUCGGUGGGCUGUACAAUCAUAAUGCGAAAAAAUAUAAGGUUAAAGUGAGGGUGAAUCAAGAAGAACCAAGAUUUUAUGAAGAAGAAGAAAAAAGGGAGGGUAUUUUGGUUAGGUUGGUGAAAGGAGCAAUUAGAUAUACUGGAUUAUAUUAGAUAUAAAUUUGUUACUGUAAUAGGUUAAAAUAAAAAAAUAUAACACUCUAUAUACCGACCUAUAUCUAUUUAUUUUGGACAAUUAAUUCUCAAUGGGCGGUCCAAAAACUUGGCAUUACAUUUUUGCUACUAAAGCAUCAAAGAGAAUGAUUAUAAAACCCAUUGUCGCAAAAUCCUUAGAUCUUCUGCGGUUUUCACUUUGAA